GAAGCAGGACUGUUGUCAAAAUAUAAACAGCGUAAACUAAGUUGCAAAGAAGAUAGAAAAAUAAUUAAACUAGAUUUCAAUCAAAAAGAUAACACUAGUUCUUCUGAUAUCAAAGCAUGCAAUUCUCCAAAUAAAUACCAAAUUAUUGCAAGACCAAUGAACGAACAAAACUUCGGAGGGUCCAUGAAAAGUAUAAUAAGAAGCCAGGACAAUAUAAAAAAAAAAUAUUUGAUCAAAACAUAGACUUGGAUAUUGAAAACACUGACAUUAACAGUCUACAAGUUAUAGAAAUAGUUGGUAAUGACUUCUUCGAUGUGCAACAGGAGCCACCCGAAUUCGAUACGGUGGCCAUCGAGUUUCCUCAGCCUUCUGUAUUGAAUGUUGCCAUUAUCACGGUAGAAAGUGAGAAUGUUAUGCAAGAACUAGGAAGUAUUGUCAUCAAUAUAAAUUCUAUAAAAUUAAAUCAUUACGAAUGUUUCCCUACUUCAAACCAAGUAAUUCUCAUAUCUACGAAUACUCAAGACCCAAUUUCUGAUAUAGUCAUUGAUAAUGAAAACAAUACUCAAUGUACAGAUAAAAAUAAUGUAAACCAGAACAAUAUGCAGCAAUCCAGUGCCUCUGCUACUCCGUCUGUUCUUCAAAAGUGAUCAUACUCAGUAAUGUUCCAUAUCACGAUUUGUAAAGUCAUAAGAAACGACAGAACAAGGCGACAAGAGAUCCAAAGAAAUAUAAACGCAAUGUUAAUAAAGAAUUCCGGAUGAAAGGUGAAAAUUAUUUACGCUACAGAAGAGACAGAAAAGCAAAGACUAAUAAAAAAUUUAAACUGGAACUUGACGUAUUUACGCCUGCAAGAUUCAUGAAACCUUUGCCAGAGAUCUGUCUGCCAGAAAGAGCCAACUGUCAAAGCUGAAGACGGAGUGUGGCAGCAUCGUUUCCGGGGCACCUGAGAUUUUGAGUGAGAUUGAGAGGUUCUAUGGGCAGCUGUACACGUCAUCGUUGGAGCCACACGCAAGUGUGAGUAACGAUCAAAGAGCGAGUCUUAUCAGACAUUAUUCCGAUGAUAUCCCGGACGUCAGUCUGAGCGAGAUUAGAAUGGCUCUCCAGCACCUUAAAAACGGCAAGGCCCCAGGCCAGGAUGGAAUUACAGCGGAGCUUCUGAAAGCGGGUGGAAAACCGGUACUUGAAGUCCUUCAGAAGCUCUUUAAUUCCGUCCUCCAUGGUGGCAUUACACCGGAGGCGUGGAGCAGAAGUGCGGUGGUCUUGUUCUUCAAGAAAGGCGACAACGCUCUCUUGAAGAACUACAGACCGAUUUCCCUUCUGAGCCGCGUCUACGUGCUGUUUUCGAGAGUCAUCACGAAUCGUCUCGCGCGCAGACUUGACGACUUCCAGCCUCCCGAACAAGCCGGUUUCCGAAAAGGCUUUAGCACCAUAGACCACAUACAUACCCUUCGGCAAAUUGUACAGAAGUCCGAGGAGUACAAUUUGCCACUAUGUCUGGCGUAUGUGGACUAUGAGAAAGCCUUUGAUUCCGUCGAAAUUUGGGCGGUGCUGCAGUCCCUUCAGCGAUGCCAAGUUGACUGUCGGUAUAUCGAAGUGUUGAAGUGCUUGUACAGUAGGGCUACGAUGGCUAUCCGAGUACAGAACCAGAGUACGAAACCUAUCCAAUUGCAGAGAGGUGUAAGACAGGGUGACGUCAUAUCCCCGAAACUCUUUACCGCUGCAUUGGAAGAUGUUUUCAAGCUUCUGGACUGGAAAGGAUACGGUAUCAACAUCAAUGGCGAGUACAUCACUCACCUUCGAUUUGCCGACGAUAUAGUCCUUAUGGCAGAAUCGCUGGAGGACCUAAGCACUAUGCUCAAUGACCUCAAUAGUGUUUCCCAACGGAUAGGUCUUAAGAUGAACAUGGACAAAACAAAGAUCAUGUUUAAUGUCCAUGUCACACCUAUGCCGGUAGUUGUUGGGAACACUAAGCUCGAAGUUGUUGACGAGUAUGUUUACCUGGGACAAAUAGUCCGACUAGGUAAGUCCAACUACGACCGAGAGGUCAAUCGACGGAUUCAACUCGGUUGGGCAGCGUUCGAGAAAUUACGGCACAUCUUCUCGUCAGGUAUACCUCAAAACUUGAAAACGAGACUGUACACCCAGUGCGUGUUGCCAGUGAUGACAUACGGAACUGAGACGUGGUCCUUCACUGCUGGCCGGAUGAGGAAGCUCAAGGUCGCUCAACGAGCUAUGGAGAGGGCUAUGCUCGGAGUUUCUCUGCGUGAUAAACUCAGAAAUGAGGAUAUCCGCAGUAGAACCAGAGUGACCGACAUAGCCCAACGGAUUAGUAAGCUGAAGUGGCAAUGGGCCGGCCAUAUAGCUCGAAAAACCGACAACCGAUGGGGAAGAAAGGUUCUCGAGUGGCAGCCUCGUACCGGCAGGCGAAGUAUAGGGCGUCCCCCCACUAGAUGGAGUGACGACCUGGUAAGAUAUGCAGGAAGUCGAUGGAUGCAGGUGGCUCAGGACCGUGCUUUGUGGCAUUCUUUGGGGGAGGCCUAUGUUCAGCAGUGGACUUGUGAAGGGCUGUAAUGAAUGAAUGAUGAAAUGAUUCAUGAAACCACCAUGCACUUCUGCCUUUUGCAAGAAAUCGAAACUCAGAUUAUGUGACAACAUAAACGAACAACAGCGCCAAUAUUUGUUUGAAACUUUCUGGAAGUACAUGAACUGGGAGCAACAAAGAUCAUUUAUAACUUCUCACGUUAAUAAAGUACCAAAGAAAAUUACAAAAAAUCCAGAAACGUCCAAAAGAACUGAUAGUUGAACUUAUGUUUUGACGACUGAUAAUGUACGCCACCAAGUCUGUAAAAAAAUGUUCUUGGCCACUCUUGGCAUUAAGGAUUGGUUUGUCAGAUAUUGGGCGACAAAAACAGACUGUGCUAGUUCUCCCGAUUUGUCUACUUCAACCAGUAAUCCAGAAUCCAGAAAUCGCAGGAAUCCAGAGGAAAUCGCAUUACUGUCGUGCUAAAUCAUCUUGAGAAUAUUUAGAACCAAAUUUCUCAUUGAAUAAAACUACUUUUACGGA